UACAUAUUCUCUCUCUAAAACUCCCCUCUUUCUCUCUCUCUCUCUCUCUCUCUCAAACCUCCUCCCAAUUUAGUCGUUGUCUCUCUAUCUUGUAUGUUCAUUUUCUCUCUCUAGAUGCGCCAUGCAGAGCCUUUGCAGGAGCUUCCUCUGCUUUUCCGACGACUCAGACCGGCUGAAAAAUCAGGACGAUUGCCCGAAAACACACAUUAAAGGCCAGAAUCUCCAUAAUUCCGCUGGUCUCCUCAUCCUGAUCAACAAGGAGCUUCAAAAGCCAGCAAACAUUCUAGUAGCUUCCGCACUAAGAAAAUCUGAGAUUUUUCCUGCAAAAAACAAGAGUAUUCCGCCAAAACUUGCCAGGAAACAGUCGGAUAGACCGGAAUGCAAGAUUUUUCCAGCGAAAUGCCCUGAAUGGGGCGUUCAUGGCUUGAAUUCGUGCACAGAGAGCCUAGGGAUCGAGAGUUCUGAGGAAAAGGAAGCAGAGCUCAGAAUCGAGAGCAGGAGGAGUGAGAAAGAGAGCUCAAUGUUACAGAGAAGGUAUAAAAGGAAGCUUUUGCUGAGAUCAAAGGUGAAUUUCCCCCCUCCUCUCUCUACAUUGAGCAAAAAUGGCCAGGUGAGCUACUUUCUGAAACCAGUGAAAACGGAGGGCCGAUUUAUACUCAGAGAAGUCGUCAUUUUGAGGCAAGAAGUUCUUAGGGCUUGCCGUGAAAAUGGAAGGCUGCGCCUUCACAUGAUCAGAAGUUCUGAUAAAGAAGAAGAAGUGAGAGAAGAAGAAGAAGAGAGAGAAGUAGAAGAUCCAGUAAAACCGGUUGAAAAUGCGAUUGAAGAGAGAGAGUCUGAGAUAUGGUCGGAAAAAGAUAUUCCGGCGAGUUUUAUAGCCGGAAAGUGGCCGAAAAGUUUGAAUAUUCCAGCUAGCUGGAGGUGUCAAGACCAGAGAAACCACAUGGCUCUUUGGAACCAUCAAUGCGUCACAACAACUUGAAAAUUUAAUAUCAGGUAUCCUUUUCCCAAAGGCUGAAAAGAAAAACAG